AGUCCUGGAAAAAACAAAAGCAUUUCCUGGUCACAAUAACUACUUGUUUCCUUUUAAUUGCAAUUUACGUCUCGGAAAUGACCAACGUUUCAAGUUUAAAACAUCACUUUAUACUCGCAUCGUGUUCAAAUAAUCACAAUGUUCUCUUAAUCGACAGAAAAUCCAAUUUAAGAUGACUUACCUGUCGCAGCAUUCUUUGACUGGGAUACUUCAGGAUGUAGUUUCUGGUGACGUGGAUGUAAACAAACCCUUGUGCGAAGGACCCCAGACGUGUUUGUUCCGAGUCUGUUUUGGCCACCGGGAGCACUAUGAGCGCGCUGCGCGCACAGCGGCGUCCCUGGAUACCAUACCAGCGACGCACUCUGCCGGUGUGGCUCCUCCACCACCGACGAGGAGCUACUGAAAUAGGGACACCGCGGGGCAAAAGGGGCUCUUGAACCGUUUUGCGCCCAACAAAUGCCCGCAUGACGACGACGGCGAUGAUGGUGGACUUGGUGAAGCGUAUUGGAGCCGAGCAGGGAGGACUAAUUCUGCACCAUGAAUGACAGGUACCACAAGGCGGCCCGGGACGGCUACCUGGACCUGCUCAAGGAGGCGACUCGGAAGGAUCUCAACGCACCGGAUGAGGAUGGCAUGACACCGACAUUAUGGGCUGCUUAUCACGGCAACCUGGAGGCUCUGCGGCUCAUCGUGGCGAGGGGAGGAAACCCUGACAAGUGUGACAUAUGGGGGAACACGCCACUCCACUUGGCGGCCGCCAACGGUCACCUCAACUGCCUCUUCUUCCUCGUGUCUUUUGGUGCCAACAUAUGGUGCCUGGACAACGACUACCACACGCCGUUGGACAUGUCCGCCACAAAGAAUCACAUGGACUGCGUCCGCUACCUGGAUUCCAUCGCGGCCAAGCAGACGGGCCUCAACCCCAAGCUGGUGAGCAAGCUGAAGGAUCGGGCGUUUCGUGAGGCCGAGCGGCGAAUCAAAGAGUGUAUGAAGAUGCAGAAGAAACACCACAAACGCAUGGAGCAAAAGUUUCACAGGGAGGCUUCUGAGGCCUCUGCAUCUGACGUCAUGAGUUUCUCCAGCUACACCGGCAGCUCUGUUAGCCAUAAGUUGCGCAACUUCAAUGCUGCUACUGUCAGUGUGCCAUAUUCACAGGCUACUUUCCAUGCCACAAAUCGAGGGAAGACAAAGAUCCAGAAGAAGCUGGAGAAGAGGAAACAAGGAGAUGGGACUUUUAAAAUCUAUGAGGACGGAAGGAAGAGUGUGCGCUCCCUCUCUGGACUUCAGCUUGGCAACGAUGUCAUGUUUGUCAAACAGGGGACGUACGUGAACCCAAAGGACCGGGGCCGCCGCAACAUCCGCGACAUGUUCCCCAGAGACAGCGACGAUGCCAUUUCGCGUGCCAUGAGCGAGCCCGAUCUCCAUGGGCCUGAUAUGGACUAUUCUGAGAUCAGCACUGACUCUGGACAUGAUUCCCUGUUCAACCGUCCUGGUUUGGGCACCAUGGUGUUUCGGAGGAAUUAUUUGAGUGGGGGGAUGUUUGACCUUGGUGGUCGGGAUGAGGCCAGUGGAGAGAUGUCAGUGAGAUUACGCAGUCGACUACAGCAGUACCCGAGUCAAGACCAAGAUAGCAUUGGCAGUGCACGCAGCCUACAGGAGAGGAACGUAGAGGAUCUGCCCUGGGAUGAAGUCGAGUUAGGGCUGGAUGAUGAUGAUGAGCCUGAAACGAGCUCUCUGGAAGUCUUCCUGGCCACACAGAGCAUGAGCGAGUUUUACUCAAUAUUUAAAAGAGAGAAAAUUGACCUGGAAGCACUGCUCCUGUGCUCUGACUUUGAUCUUAAGAGCAUCCACAUCCCCUUAGGGCCGAGGAAAAAAAUCUUGGAUGCCUGUAAGAGGCGGCUGGAGACGAUAGAGGACCCCGACUGUAUCGAGGACACAGAACUGUGACUGCUGAGGUGGACAGACUGGUCAGUUUUAUAGUUCAGUAAGGAAGGUAUCGUAGCAAUGACGUAUUGUUUAAUAGGUUGUCUCCAGCAGGAAACUCCAGCACAUUGGAUUUGAUAAAUAUACGGAGGAGUGCCAACUUUCAACGUGACCUUGAGUCUGCAUGGAGUUUUCUAUGGAGGACGAACCUCCAUGAACAUAAUCACAAUAAAUAUAUCAAGUGGGCUUGCCCAUCAAUACAUUGCUCCUUAGCACAUCCAGUGUUCAGAUCUUUAACUUGUACCUCCGUUUGCAGUCAGUAUCUUGUGUCAUUGACCCACAUUAUCAGGAAAACACAGCUCUGCCUGGCAUCUGCAGUUAUCAAGGAAACACAUGCUCAUUUUGUAUUCAGGUCAGAUGACUUCUUCCAGUACGGAACAAUGGUCCUUUAGUCAUUACUCAGACAGAAUAGAUAGUAAACAUUCAAGCUAUUAAGUAACUGGUUUUCAAUGCAGCGCUCUGGAGUUGUGUUCAAAAAAGAAGAAGAUAAAACUGUGCAGAUGUGUCUACUAAGUACAGUGAACAUGGUGCAGUGUUUAGAGAAUGUGUUGGGAGUGUGUUCACCUCUCGUUUUCAUAAGUGACAGUGGCUGUGGAUGGUCCUCGAGCCUUAAAGUGGACAGUCAGUGGACCACUGUAGCUCAGUGGUAAUAAAGCACGUUGGUUGAUUGGAGAUCCCCGUGCUGCAUGGUUUAACAAUCUGAAAGACUAUUAUAGAGUGUAGUGCUCUACUGUUUCAUUGUAUGCCAUGUGGCAUAGUUAACAAAGAGUCUAUUGUGGGGUCUGUGUCCCCGUAAAUGUGUUUGCCCCUGUGGGGUAAAAUCCUACCAUCUUAUGUGCCUGCAUUGCUUGUGCCUGUGCAUACAAGUGUCUUUUUGUCUCCAAAUAAAUCUAUGACGUUAGCUUCACUGUAAUUUUUAGUAUUUAGUUUUCAUCCAGAGCCACUUGGCUGUUGCCGGUCUAUUGCGUUGCCAGUCCUCACUUGCACUGCAGGCCAGAUUUGUUGAUUUUUAUUACACAAUUUAAUUACUUAUUUUGUUAGUCUUCCAAUUUUUUACGUAGUUUGUAAAAAUAACAUCAUUUUACACUUGACCAUACAUUGACAUAUGCUGGGUUUUUUUUUGAUUCUAUAUACGAAUACGAAUGUUUUAAUGCUGUAAAUAAUUUAGAAAUCCAUAUAAUUUGCUCUCUUUACUGAACCCUACCUGCUAUAUUUCAUCUGCACAGACACUCAACAUGAAGAGUGAAAUGUGCCUUUUAAAUAGCAAGGCCAUAAACACCUUUAAAGGAGACUAGGACAUUAAGUCCUGAGUCACAUUUCUGGACAUGUGAGAGAGAAAAGAUGUAAUAUUUAUUCUAAUAUUAAACACACAUGAAAUAUUAUGGGUUUUAUAAUGCUGACAUGUAAAUUAAACCCACGUUUUUAAUGAAUUGAAACUUUAGAUGCUAAAUAAAUUAGAAGAAAUUACAAAAUAAAGCUGUAUAUACAUCAUUAAUUGUAUAGAUGUAUGGGCUGAGAAAGUUUGGCAUUGGGCAAUUACUUCUAAAUUUUAAGAAAUAAACAAAUGCUUUCUCAUCAAUCUA